GCCGCCAUGAGCCUCUCCACCCUCUCUCGCGCGGUUGUCUGGGUCCAGAUUUCGAGAGGGAUAAGGAGGUGCCUAAAGGGGAUGGGAGCAAAAAGUCUGACUCGAAGAUUGUUGGCCCUGCUGUUGACGUCCAUGGUGGCGCUGAUGAUGAUCUUGGCAAGGAUGGGAAAAUGAACUUCUCUUCUUUCUCCUCAUGUAUGUUCAGAUUUUAUGUAUCUGCCUGGGGCCUUGGUAUGUCCUUGAGCACGCAUCAGGUGUUCUGCGACCACUCAGGUCAAAGGAAGAAGUCGAACCUGAAGAAGUGCAGGGAAGAAUUUCAGCUACGUGUGGUCGGCUGGUUCAGGGGACGUGCAGGGCGGGCGCGGCCGCACGGGUGCCGGGGUAGGCUCCUGGGCACUGGCGAUCUCGCGGGCACGGCCCCGCGGGUGCCGGGGCAGGCUCCUGGGCACUGGCGAUCUCGCAGACGGAUGCCACGCUGCAAGGGCAGGCUCCUGGACGCCCGCUAUGUCGCUGACGGAUUCCACGCUGCGAGCGGCAACAAUCGGCGAUGGCGAUCGUGCAGGGAGGCCGGAGGCGACAGAGUGGUGCAGUGCCGCGAGGUCGCCGUGCAGGCAGGCAGUGGCGGAGCUAUGUUAUAAGCUACAAGCCAGGCAGGAGACGGUGUUGGUGGGCGGCGUCUAGCGCUGUGGCGACUCAAGGCAGACAACUUCGAGGUUAAGGGCGAGGGGAGCCGAUUUCGUUGAGUUUCCUUCAUUAGCGAUCAGAAUUGCGUAAUCUGAGUUUCCUUCAUUAGCGAUCAGAAUUGCGUAAUCCUAGGGGAUGCGAAACUGGUAGUUGGAAUAUUCCUCGUUGGUGGAGUAUGGUCAGCCAUUGAAAAUUGCUAGGUCCACACCAUUGGGCUAUUAGAUUAAUGAUGACUGUUAGAUUGAGAUAUAUGGGCCUAAUCGUCCGGUGCUGAUUGAUCUGUGUGGUGUUGUGUGUUUAAUUGCGGGGUGCACUUAAGAAAAUUUUUGUUUGAUUGUUUAA